GACACGGACUUAAGGAGCGAGAAUAGAAGAACGCGGUAGCGUUCCCCGAACACAUCCAAAGCGUAGCAUUUAUGUACGGCGUCGGCAUGGGAGAAGUAUCAGAGUCACACGAUGUACUCAAGACAAUGCCACCAAAGUGUAAAUUUCAAGAAGGUGAAAAAGUACUAUGUUUCCAUGGGCCGUUGAUUUAUGAAGCAAAGUGUUUGAAGUCCUCUAUUACUAAGGAAAAGCAAAUCAAAUAUUUUAUCCACUAUGCUGGCUGGAAUAAAAACUGGGAUGAAUGGGUACCAGAGAGUAGAGUUCUCAAGUACAAUGAGGCUAAUGUACAAAGACAACGAGAAGUCCAGAGAGCUCAUUCAAAUCAGCAAUCUACACAGAAAAAUAAAAAGGGCAGCACAACAACCAAGACACAGGGAAGGCGAAGUGAAGGGAUUAGAGAGAAAGAUACAGACAGUAGGGCAAGUACACCUGUAGCAACAACUGACAAGAGCAUAAGUCGCUUCAGCAAAGGCUCAAGCAACACAGCGACACCCUCAUCAUCUCAUGAUUCUCCAUCUGAACCUACACGUAAAAAACGAAGUCGACUAGAACCAUCUGGUGAAACUGAAGAGUAUCUGACUAAGGUGGAAGUUAAGAUUAAGUUACCUGAAGAAUUGAAAUUUGUUCUAAUUGAUGAAUCUGAAGUGAUAUUGAAGCACCAUAAACUACCAGCAUUACCUGUAAAGAAUACAGUCGAUAAGAUCUUGGAUGAUUAUGUCGAAGCAAAGUCAUUGGGAAAAACAAAUGAUAUAAAAGAAAGUACACUAGAAAUAACGAAAGGUAUUCGCGAAUACUUUAAUGCUACGUUGGGCCUUCAACUUUUGUAUAAGUGGGAACGGCCGCAAUUUAUACAGAUAAUGAACGACAAUCCGGAAACGCAACCAAGUCAACUGUAUGGUGCAUUUCAUUUACUCAGACUAUUUGUAAGACUCGGUGGUAUGCUGUCGUACACACCUUUGGACGAAAGAAGUAUUCAAUUGCUGCUAACACAUUUUCAUGAAUUUUUACAAUAUUUGCAGAAGAAUGACACUGAACUUUUCAACCUUCAGCAGGAUUACACAGACCCGCCACCAGAUUAUCACCGAAAAUAUGGUUAAAUCCGUUAAAAAAACAUUGCAAAUCUCUAUUCAUUAGAAUUGUUAACAAAACUCUGCUGAAUUUUCCUUUAUAAUAUUUUAUAUGGUGAUUAAAAUUAGAAAUAUAUAUAUAAGCGCGAGAACGCUAAUCCUCGUUAAGCUUCGUCAUUUUAAACAAAUAAUAUGUUAUAUUAGCAUAGACAAAUUAGUGCGUAAUUGUAAUUACCAUAAUUAAAGAGAGAUUUAUAUAUAUCAA